AUGAAGAUCUACCAGCUGACGCAACUUGGUAUUCUGGCUGCACUCAUAUGCGCUGUGUCUGCCAUUCAACUACCUCCUUUCCUCACGGGCCGGAAGCGCCUACCCCUCCCGGUCCUUAAGAACGACCUUGGUGGACCACUUCCACGUCCUCUGCAGCUUCAAGAUUCCGGCGCAAACACGUCUCCGCAUGUUGCUAUGCCGCCCCCAAUCCCAGAUGAUGAUGCGAUUGCGACGGCGCCCGUUUCAACCCCGAAGCCCGACGAUGGUGAUAACCCGACCUCCAAUCUCAUUGUUCCGGACAUCCUUGCGAAGACUCGCCAGGUGAACGUUUUCGCAAAACUGACGCGAGAUAUUGAACCUAUCUCGACCCGCCUCAACGACAAGUCUAAGAAUACUACCGUCCUGGCGCCCCUGAAUUCCGCUAUCCAGUCCCUGCCGCGGAAACCGUGGGAAGAUCCAGAGGAUUACGCGCGUUUCGGCAGCAUGGAUGCCUACAAGGGUCAAGAAGGGGAGGAUCGGGCAAGGCAGAAUCUGCGACGCUUUGUUGAAGCGCAUUUGGUGCCUGUCAGCCCGUGGAAGGAAGGGGAGGAAGUGGAGACUAUUGGUGGAGGCAAAAUUCAGCCAGGGAAUAUCGAAGUGCAGAGUCUUGCAUCACAAGUGUCCAAUGGUGAAGUCUGGAUCCUUAAAGGAGUUAUCAACUACAAACCAAACUAA